GCGAGCCUUUAACCUGGAGGUUUUUGGCGGUCUGAGGUUGUCUCGUAUAGGGGUAGACUGACUUGUGUAUGUUACAGUCAGAAGACUGUGUAUUUGUAGAUUGGGCUCAGGAGAUUUAGGUUGUUCGAAGUAAAGGAUUAAAACGAUCGAACCGAAGCCAUUGAGGCGUAACGUGUGAUACAACGGAGGUUCUGAAAUACGUGUACACAGCAUUCUUUCAUGCCCUAUACCCACAGGCCGAUUCGUCUGAGAAAACUGGGCCGAGAUUAAAUUUCAAAACGUGAUUUAGUUAUUUAGAGUUGUCGGACCUGGUGGCUUAAGGCGGCGUGAGUUAUUGUUCCUGGGGAGACGUGGAAAUAAUUCAAUCUAAGUCAACAUAUAUAUGAAGUGGGUGGAAGUGAAAACAUUCAACAGAUUGCAUGCAGUAGAGGAGUGUUUAGUUUCAACAUUGACAAAAGUGAAUACGUUUUGCAUAAGAUAAGGCGAACGUACAGGAGCACUAGAGGAACUUGAGUUGUGAACUACAUAUUUCAAAAUUGUUGGAUAUAUCUUUAAACACGCGAUUUAUACUCGAUCCAAGACGUUACUUUUUUGCCAGAUGUUUUUAAAACUGUUCACGCCAUUCCGUGUAUGAUGAGUACUCGAAAGACGUUAACCAUGGACUCAUCUGGUAUGCAAGAAACUUCAGCUUCAAGAAACCACGACCAGUUGCAUAGGCUGUCUGCACAAACAUACACAGAUACCAAACUAAGCCCACAAAGCCACAAGAGCUCAAACAUCUCCCCAGCCCAUGACGCCAAAUCUGUGCCCCACAGCGCCAGAUCCAAAACGAGGCUGAAUAUUCCAGAAGAAACAGACCACGAACUGCAAGACGAACAGGUCAACAAAAACAAAUCCCCAAGUCACGUGACUGCUAAAAAUAACCCACCGACCGGUGUUCAAGUCGAGGCACCGGUUGGGAAUUCCCGAUCUCAUCCAGGAAAUGACGCUACUUCUAGUUUUUACAACAACAAUGCAACAACUCAUCCACAAACACCCAAAGACAAUUUGCGAAGCCGCAGUAGCCGAAGUUUAAGCCGGCUUUCAGAUUCCCGUAAAGACCGGAGUUCAAGCCGGAACGGUGACGAGAACACACGGCCCGGCAGGCGGAAAUCGGACAAGAAACGUCAGAACAGCAACGCGUCCUUCGUACAGCCGCCCCGUCGGGAGGCUGUUCUCAAUGUCGUCUUCACCGGCCGCCCGGACCAGCCGGAAGAUGCCGGCGAGGACUGUGGGACACCCGGCAGGAAGUAUUUGGUGGACCGGCGGGCGAGUUCGGUGCUGAGCCGGUUGAUGACGCCGGUACAGUCCGGCUUCAUCGCUCACGGCGAUUACCCCGUGCUAGAGGAAGAUGAUCGCUCCGUAUCCAGAAUGUCGCUGAGCCGCCCCGCCACCAGAAACUCCAUCGCCAACAGCACCGGCUUCCUCUACCAGAUCGUGGACUUCGAGAACUUCACCGAGAACGUGCCCAGCUUCGUGCGACAGGACAUCAAGAAAAACGGUCGCCUGACGACCGAGACCUUCAUCCUCAAGGUCAACUACCUGCGCAGACGACGCCAGCUGGGGGAGACCAGCUCCACCAUGAGCCCCGGCUCCAAGAAGGCGCAGCAGCAGACGUUGAUGGCUGCGGCUGGGGGCGGGGCAGGGGACAAAGGUCAAGGUGAAGGCUACUCCUGAAAAGGACACUGACGUUACCUGUUACCUUAAUGUUUUUGCCUUAAACCUCGGUCUUCGUAAAUUAAUUUUUAAUUUUUUUUUUCUUCUAAUUUUUGCAAAUAACACUUUUUCUAUCGUUGCUUGAUGUCCAUUGUAUUCCAUGGGACGAAGUGCCACCUCACAAUAGCAGUAUUAUUUUGUUAUUCUAUCUCUGUACAUUUUUACCUGUUUUGAAAUAUUUGUAAAAAAAAAUAUGCCUAGUAGCGACUGCACUGUUUAUUUAGCAAGAAAAUAAAUAAA